GUUCUCCGAUCUUCAUAUACCCCUUGGGCACAGGCACACUCACUACCUAAGUAGAUGAAUAAACCAGAGAGGGAAGCAGAAUUUAGGGUGACAAGGAUGGAAGCUCUGAUAGCAAGCUAUGGCGAUGAUUCAUCUUCUUCGUCGGACGGGGAUGUCUCACCUCCAACAAGCCCUAGUUCUCUUCAUAAUUCAAAUUCUGAAGAAUCACAAGCAAAAUCGGAACCAGUGCGUCUUCCGCCACCUCCACUUGCUCUACUCAACUCUCCAAACCCUCUAGAUUAUAUGGAGAUUGGUCAAGGAAGUCGAGUUAGGAAUUUUCCACAUAUUGAAGGGAAUUAUGCUCUUCAUAUUUUUAUCCCAGUAUAUAUACCACCUACAACAAUGAAAAACCUAGCACUAUUCUUGAAGAGAAUUGUGAAAGUGGUUCCUGACCUCCAUGUUGUUGACGUUGACAUCCCACUUAGCAACCUAUGCAAAGACGAUCAAAAGCUUGAACAGGUUGCUCUUGGAAGGGAGUUCCACAUAAGUUUGGGAAGAACUGUUCCUGUCCGAGUUCACCAAAUAGAUUCCAUUUUGACAAUGCUGCGUCAGAAAUUUUCAUCUCCAAAGCAGUAUUGGAUAGAUUUUAGCAAGUGGGAGGUUUUUGUCAAUGACGAACAAACAAGGUCCUUCCUUGCAAUGGAAGUCGUUGCAGGAGGUUUAGCCGAGGUAACUAGGCAAAUUCAGUCCGUCAAUGAGAUUUAUAGGUUUCACAAUCUUCCAGAAUUCUAUAAGGAUCCUCGCCCACAUAUCUCACUGUUAUGGGCUUCAGGUAAUGUCAGUGAUCUACUCAAGAGAAGGGUAACAGAAGUUCUCUCAGCAGGUACAAUGUCCCAAAGUAAACGUAUAUUUACUUGCAAAUUCAAAGGUAUCAAAUGUAGGAUUGGUCAUAAGCAGUAUAAAAUUUGUAAUGGAAAACCCUAAAUUCUAGUCUUCUGUAACAUCCAACUUGCAUUAUAUUUCAAUAUAUUAUUUGAGUCCA